CGCCGCCGCGGAGGCCAUGACCGUGGAGCAGAACGUGCUGCAGCAGAGCGCGGCGCAGAAGCACCAGCAGACAUUUUUGAAUCAACUGAGAGAAAUUACCGGGAUCAAUGACACCCAGAUACUUCAGCAAGCCUUGAAGGAUAGUAAUGGCAACUUGGAAUUAGCGGUGGCUUUCCUUACUGCGAAGAAUGCCAAGAGCCCUCAGCAGGAGGAGACAACUUACUACCAAACAGCGCUUCCUGGCAACGAUAGAUAUAUCAGUGUGGGGAGCCAAGCAGAUACAAGAAAAAAAAAGUAUAUAUCCACCAGAACAAGAUGUGCUACAAUUGAGCAAUCAAAAUAUGGAUCAAAAGAUAAGAGGGAUUUGGAUGUGAUUGAUCUCACUGGAGAUGAUAAAGAUGAUCUUCAGAGAGCAAUUGCCUUGAGUUUGGCGGAAUCAAACAGGGCAUUCAGGGAGACUGGAAUAACUGAUGAGGAACAAGCCAUUAGCAGAGUUCUUGAAGCCAGCAUAGCAGAAAAUAAGGCAUGUUUGAGGAGGACACCCACGGAAGUUUGGAAGGAUUCUCGAAAUCCUUAUGAUAGAAAAAGACAGGACAAAACUCCUGUUGGGCUAAAGAACGUCGGCAAUACUUGUUGGUUCAGUGCUGUCAUUCAGUCAUUAUUCAAUCUUUUGGAAUUUAGAAGAUUAGUUCUGAAUUAUAAGCCUCCUUCAAAUGCUCAAGAUUUACCUCGAAACCAAAAGGAACAUCGGAAUUUGCCUUUCAUGCGUGAGCUGAGGUAUCUUUUUGCACUUCUUGUUGGUACCAAAAGGAAGUAUGUUGAUCCAUCCAGAGCAGUUGAAAUUCUUAAGGAUGCCUUCAAGUCAAAUGACUCUCAGCAGCAAGAUGUGAGUGAGUUUACACACAAAUUGCUAGAUUGGUUAGAAGAUGCCUUCCAAAUGAAAGCUGAAGAGGAGACGGAUGAAGAAAAGCCAAAGAACCCCAUGGUAGAAUUGUUCUAUGGAAGAUUCCUGGCUGUGGGAGUGCUUGAAGGUAAAAAAUUUGAAAACACUGAAAUGUUUGGUCAGUAUCCACUGCAGGUCAAUGGAUUCAAAGAUCUGCAUGAGUGCCUAGAAGCUGCAAUGAUUGAAGGAGAAAUUGAGUCUUUACAUUCAGAGAAUUCAGGAAAAUCAGGCCAAGAACAUUGGUUUACUGAACUACCACCUGUUUUAACAUUUGAGUUGUCAAGAUUUGAAUUUAAUCAGGCAUUAGGAAGACCAGAAAAAAUUCACAACAAAUUAGAAUUUCCUCAAGUUUUGUAUCUGGACAGGUAUAUGCACAGAAAUAGAGAAAUAACAAGAAUUAAAAGGGAAGAGAUCAAGAGACUUAAAGAUUACCUCACAGUAUUACAACAAAGACUAGAAAGAUACUUAAGCUAUGGUUCCGGUCCCAAACGGUUCCCAUUGGUAGAUGUUUUGCAGUAUGCAUUGGAAUUUGCCUCAAGUAAACCUGUUUGCACUUCUCCUGUUGAUGAUAUUGAUGCUAGUUCCCAGCCUAGUGGGUCCAUAUCAUCACAGACGUUACCAAGCACAGCAGAACAACAGGCAGCUCCUUCUUCAGAACUGCCCAGCACGUCGCCUGCUUCAGUUGCUGCCAUUUUGUCGAGGUCUGUAAUACACAAACCAUUCACUCAGUCUCGGAUACCUCCAGAUUUGCCCAUGCAUCCCGCACCCAGGCACAUAACAGAAGAAGAACUUUCUGUACUGGAAAGCUGUUUACAUCGCUGGAGGACAGAAAUAGAAAAUGACACAAGAGAUUUACAGGAAAGCAUAUCCAGAAUCCAUCGAACAAUUGAGCUAAUGUACUCUGACAAAUCCAUGAUCCAAGUUCCCUAUCGUUUACAUGCUGUGUUGGUUCAUGAGGGCCAAGCGAAUGCUGGACACUACUGGGCGUACAUUUUUGAUCAUCAUGAAAGCAGGUGGAUGAAGUACAAUGAUAUCGCUGUGACAAAGUCGUCAUGGGAAGAGCUAGUGAGGGACUCCUUUGGUGGUUAUAGAAAUGCCAGUGCUUAUUGUUUAAUGUAUAUAAAUGAUAAGGCACAAUUCUUAAUACAAGAGGAAUUUAAUAAGGAAACUGGGCAGGCCCUUGUUGGAUUAGAAACAUUACCACCGGAUUUGAGAGAUUUUGUUGAGGAAGACAACCAGCGAUUUGAAAAAGAAUUGGAAGAAUGGGACACACAGCUUGCCCAGAAAGCUUUGCAAGAAAAGCUUUUAGCAUCUCAGAAGUUGAGGGAGACUGAGUCUUCUGUGCCUGCAGCACAAGCAAGAGAACCAGAAUAUCUAGAGCAGCCAUCAAGAAGUGAUUUCUCAAAGCACUUGAAUGAAGAAACUAUUCGAGUAAUUACCAAGGCGUCAAAUGAACAUGAAGAUAAAAGUCCUGAGACAGUUUUGCAGGCGAAACCUGAAAAUACCAUAAGUCAACCACCUUCCAAUCAGCAAGUUGUAGAGGUGGCGAUUCCUCAUGUAGGGAAAUUUGUGAUCGAAUCAAAGGAGGGGGGGUAUGAUGACGAGAUGAUGAUGACACCGAAUAUGCAAGGUAUUAUCAUUGCGAUAGGUAAAUCCAGGAGUGUGUAUGACAGGUGUGGUCCUGAAGCAGGGUUCUUUAAGGCAAUUAAAUUGGAGUAUUCAAGGUUGGUUAAGUUGGCCCAAGAAGAUACCCCACCAGAAACAGAUUAUCGUUUACAUCAUGUAGUGGUCUACUUUAUCCAAAACCAGGCCCCAAAGAAAAUCAUUGAGAAAACAUUACUAGAACAAUUUGGUGAUAGAAAUUUGAGUUUUGAUGAAAGGUGUCACAACAUAAUGAAAGUUGCUCAAGCCAAACUGGAAAUGAUAAAACCCGACGAAGUAAACUUAGAGGAAUAUGAGGAAUGGCAUCAGGAUUAUAAGAAGUUCAGAGAAACAACUAUGUAUCUCAUAAUUGGACUAGAAAAUUUUCAGAGAGAAAGUUACAUAGAUUCCUUGCUGUUCCUUAUCUGUGCUUAUCAGAAUAACAAAGAGCUCUUGUCCAAGGGCCCAUACAGAGGACAUGAUGAAGAGUUGAUAUCACAUUACAGAAGAGAAUGUUUACUAAAAUUAAAUGAACAAGCUGCAGAACUCUUUGAAUCUGGAGAAGAUCAAGAAGUAAACAAUGGUUUGAUUAUUAUGAAUGAGUUUAUUGUUCCAUUUUUGCCCCUGUUACUGGCGGAUGAGAUGGAAGAGAAAGAUAUACUUGCUGUAGAAGACAUGAGGAAUCGAUGGUGCUCCUACUUAGGACAAGAAAUGGAAUCAAAUCUCCAAGAAAAGCUGACAGAUUUUCUGCCAAAACUGCUUGACUGUUCUACAGAGAUUAAAAGUUUCAAUGAGCCGCCAAAGUUACCUUCAUAUUCCACUCAUGAACUCUGUGAACGAUUUGCCCGGAUCAUGUUGUCUCUCAGUCGAACUCCUGCUGAUGGAAGAUAAACUGCACACACUUCCCCUGACACUGUAUAAACCUUUUUAGUUCUUGACCCUUGCCUUCCUGUCACAGGGUUUGCUUGUUGCUGCUAUAAUUUUUAACUUUUUUUAUUUUAAUAACUGCAAAAGACAAUGACUAUACAGACUUUAGCUAGACUUCAAACAAUAAAGCUGAGAAUCGCAUGGCACUCAGACUUUGUUUUAACCAGAACUGAUGGAUAAUUAUAAAUCGGAUUGAUUUUAUUAUGGCAAAAUUAUGCUUUUGCCACCUUGCUGUUACAGUGUUACUUUGCUUUUAUCUUUCCUUUAUCAGCCGCUUUCCAUUCCGUCUGGUCUCUUCCAUGACUGCAGCCUUUAAGUGUUCGGCACUGUGUAUUAUACAUAUUUGGUAGCUUGUAAAUGAAAUUAAAGAAUAAAGUUUAUUUAUGGCUACCUGUGUGUUUGUAAGCAGGUAUAUUGUAUAUUAAUAUUAUCUUUUUAGUUAAUAUUCUCAUGAAUUUUGUCUUGGGAUAAAGAUUGGGUAAUAAGUAGAUAAAUACGUUCUUUUAUUCCUGUAAUGGAAGCAUAUGCUAAGUUUACUAAGUGUUUAACAUUUAAAUAUAACUAUAUUUUUUACUAAGUUCAACUUUGUGUGGCAUCUAAACCUGUUUUGAACUCAGUUAGAUUUUCACUGAAGUGACUGAUUUUUAACUCAAGUGACAUUGAAACUUUUAACUUUUCUUAUAUUAAGCUUUAGUGUUUUUGUUUUUUCUUUUUGUGUGUAUUCCCAGUAAUAUAGCAAGGUGAUUAUUUCAAGUGAAACCUACAGAAGUACUUGACUAAGGGCUGUUUGUGACACUUAAACUAUGUACCCAUACAGAAAUUCUUCUUAAAGGAGGACACUGUUUUACAUUAUAUAAUCAUUCUAUUUUUGUAAAUUGUAUACCAUUUUAAUUGAAAAUGUUCUCUACUAAUCAGUGCUGUGAAAUGAAGUUGAUAUUGUUUAACUAGAAAUUAUGAGUAUAUUAACUGCUUUUAUUUACAUUAAUUUUUCAAAAGGGAGAAAUCUAAACAUUUUAUAGAUGGAACUGCUGUUUAUGAUUAAUGAAAUAAUAUUGUGAAUGAAAAUCGAAAUUGAUGCUUUACAGGUACUCAUGUUAUAAAAACCUAUUUUUGAAUUUAUAAAAAUUUCUUUAUAAAUAAUACUUUGUUAGCAUAGUAAAAUAUAUCAUUAUAUUAUGUGUAUGUUUGUUAUAGCGUCGUGCAAACUAGUGUUUUUAAAGUGCCUCUCACCAAAGAUGCUGAGUGGAGGAAGAAGAAAAAAUGUUUAUCAUAUGAGUCUCUUUCUAAAAGUUUCAUUGUAUUGCUGUUACUGAGAAGGCAUUCAUACUUGUAAAGUUAAAUUUUGCAUAUUGUAGAUAUCAAAGUGUAUUUGGCUUUUAGAUUUUAAGUUUCCUGCUGAACAGAAGUCCAGUAUGGUUUUCAGGUAUUGUUAAAAAAUUAGUAUCUUCAUAUGUAUCAUCACAGGUUUUGUAAAGUAUCUGAUAUUUUAUGAUACUCUAUUCUAAUGGUAAAGUUGUUUGCAUUUAUAUGUGUAAUUGACUGCUGAGAUACAGAAGUACUCAAAUACUAUAUGGAAAUUGUUCCUUCAAAAGGCAUGUCCAAAGAAUCUUAUGUGGCUGUUUUGCUGAAGGUAAGUAUUAUUGUAUUUACUUUGUACUUAAAAAAAUAAGAUUACUCAUUCCUAGUAAUGAGUCUGAAAAAACUUACUUAAAGCUCACCUUUGUACUCUUGUGUCAUCUAGUCUUAAGAUUUAGGUCAGUGAAAUUUGUUUAAUUUACUAGCAUAAAUAAAACUCACAGCUUAAGAAAUAGAACCUCACA